AGUCGCUCGAUCGUUCAUGAAUUGCAUUCGAUGCUGUUUUAUGUACAUCUAUUUUAAAACUUAUUUUACUGAUAAUUGAAUAUUAAAGUUGUAAAAAAAAACAUUUCUAAGUUAUAACGAUGAGCGAAUCACCCAGUGCCGACCAGCGGAGUAAACGCCGCCGGAUCGAUAAACAUGGUCGCUUUGCAGCCUUGGAGCGGCUCAAAAACCUGAAGGCCUCCGGCGUCAAAAACAAGUAUGAGGUGGGUGAUGUCAAGAACGUCUACGACGAGGUGGACGAGAAUGAGUACGCGAGGAUUGUGAACGAACGGGCGCGGGAUGAUAUCGUCGAUGAUGAUGGAUCCGGUUACGGAUACGUGGAGAAUGGUCGCGAAGUAUUUGACGAGGAUGAACUUGAGGCAGAGAGUUCCAGUCGGACUAAAGAGAAAGGCAAAAAGGGCAAGAAACGAGCGCGGGAAGAUUCCGCUCCGGUGGCCGGCCGAAAAUCGCUCAAGAACUAUUUCAACAAGGAACGAGAAUCGAAGGUGAAAAUUUCGGAUGAUGAUGUACUGGCGGAUAUUUUGGGUGAGAUUAAAUCCGAAGGGACUGGUGGUGAAACGGCUUCUGAGCAGAUCAAAGAAAUCCGGCCGAUGAAAAUGGUUCCGAAGCCGAAGCCAGUGGACAAGGAAGAAGAAAUGCGGAAGUAUAUGGAGAAUUUUAGCAAGAAUAUUAAAAAGACGGAGAAAGUGGUGGAACAUGACAGCGAUGAGGAGAUGCUGGAUCGGGUUAUGAAGCAAAGUUCCACGGAUAAUCGACAAAAAGUAAAACCUAAACCUGCUCCUGCCAAACAGGAAGCACCUAAGGAGGCAACUCGUACGCCAGUAAAACCCGUAACAAAAGUUGAAAUCAAAGCAGAACUUCCGCCAGCGGAAACGGAUUUAUCUCAGAUGAACGAAGAUUUUCUAGAUGAUGAUUUUGAUCUGACAGGGGUGUGUGCUGAAACUCAACCCACGCAGAGGCGCCCCAUGGAUUCUGUGGUAAAAGAAGAGCCAGAAGUUGUUGAGUCGAGUUCGGAAAAGCUUCUAAGCGGAUGGGGGAACAUUUGCGCCACAGAACUGGAAGACGAAAUGAUUGCCGAAAUGGAUUCAAGCGUUCCGGAUGCAUCAGCUUCCACUGAGGAGGGUAGCGAAACGAUGCGAUUCUGGUUCUGGGAUGCUUGGACAGAUCCUGCUAAAUGUCAGGGAGAGAUUUACAUUUUCGGUAAAAUGGCUACGGGAAGGAAAGCGAACGAGUUCCAAUCGGUUUGUGUUCACGUUCAGAACGUGGACCGUUGUAUGUACAUGUUAGCGCGCGAAAAAGAGUUUGACAUUCGGAGUGGAACUGACACCGAGAAGGAUGUUAGCAUGCUGGACGUGUACAACGAAUUCUGCAAUGACAUUAGUUCUAGGUUGAAGGUGACGAAGUAUAAAACAAAAGUGGUCACGAAAAACUUUGCAUAUACGAGCGGAAUGAGCGAACUGCAGGUGCCUAGCCAAAGCGAAUAUUUGGAGGUUCGGUACAGUGCUAAAUUGCCGGCACCGGCUUUGGAUCGCAAAUAUCGCACUAUUGCUCAUAUUUUCGGCACCAACACCAACAUCGUUGAACAGUUCCUUCUGGAACGUAAAGUGAAAGGCCCUUGCUGGAUGGAGUUGAAAAACUUCAAAAAGAAUAAUAGUUCAUCAAGUUACUGCAAGGCAGAAUUCCUUGUACCGGAUAUCGGAUGUGUAAGUGUGGUCCAAGACUCGUCUGUCACUGCUAUACCUCCUCCACCGCUGGUUAUCUGUGCCAUUAAUGUGCGAAGUAUUCUGAACAAGGGUACCAAUGAAAUAUCAAUGGUUUCCGUUCUGGUUCAUGAUCGAUUUCCACUCAACAAACCUCCCCCGAAUCCACCCUUCAACCGGCACUUUUGUGGAGUCGCUCGACCGAAUAGCACCAGUUGGCCGUACGAUUUCAAUCCUAAUGAUCCGAAGAUGAACACUAAGGUGACCAAGUGUGAAAACGAACGAACUCUGUUGAAUUGGUUCCUCUCGAUAUACGGGAAUGUUGAUCCGGAUUUGAUCGUAACGCACGAUGCGUACGAUUUCCAGCUGGAUCUCAUCUGUCAAAGGUUGAUGGCAAUCAAGAUUCAACAGUGGUCUCGAAUCGGUCGAUUAAAGAUGAAGUCACCCUCCAGCCGGAGGGUGGACGAUUUUUUCGUUGGCCGUAUGAUUUGCGACGUGAAGACGUCGGCGGAGGAACUAAUUAAAUCACGCAGCUACGAUCUGAACACACUCUGCGCGGAGGUACUGAAGAUCCAGGACGGUGAACGGAAAGACGUUCUGCUGGACGACAUACCGGGAAUGUUUGAGAAUUCGGUCGAUCUGAAACAACUGAUCGGACUGACCAUGCAGGACAACUUCUACACGAUGCGAUUGAUGUGUGAGCUGAACGUACUGCCGCUGGCUUUGCAGAUUACACAGAUUGCCGGAAAUCUAAUGAAUCGAACACUGCACGGUGGUCGGGCCGAGCGGAAUGAAUUUCUGUUGCUGCACGCGUUCAGCGAAAAGGAUUAUAUCUUGCCGGACAAGGCGGCACGUGCGGGACCGGGUCACUCGCAGGAGGCCCCCGAAACGGCGGCGGAUCGCCGCAAACCGAAGAGCAAGGCCGCAUACUCCGGCGGAUUGGUGCUGGAACCGAUCAAGGGUUUCUACGACAAAUUUAUUCUGCUGAUGGAUUUCAAUUCACUCUACCCGAGCAUCAUCCAGGAGUACAACAUCUGCUUCACCACGGUACUUCCACCAGCGCCCGGGGAGGAAGAUGAAGGUGCAGCCGCAAUUAUACAAACAGAUGAAAUGGGCAUUUUGCCGCGACAGAUUCGCAAAUUGGUCGAAAGUCGUAAGGCGGUCAAGCAACUGAUGAAAGCAUCCGGGCUGGAACCGGAACUGAAGAUGCAGUACAAUAUCCGCCAGAUGGCACUUAAGUUGACGGCUAAUUCGUUGUACGGGUGUUUGGGUUACACGCGAUCGAGGUUCUAUGCGCAGCACAUGGCAGCGCUGAUCACGCUGAAAGGUCGGGAGAUUUUGAUGAACACCAAAAGCAUCGUAGAAAAGAUGAACUAUCAGGUAAUCUACGGCGACACGGACAGUAUCAUGAUCAACACCAACAGCAUCGACUACGAUCAGGUGUUCAAGAUCGGUUCCAACAUCAAGCAGAUAGUAAACAAAACGUACAAGUGUCUAGAACUGGACGUGGACGGAAUCUACAAAUAUCUACUGCUGCUGAAGAAGAAAAAGUAUGCAGCCGUAUCGAUCACCAAAGUAGGAGAGGAUUUCAAAUGCACCCAGGAGCUAAAAGGUUUGGAUAUUGUUCGUCGGGAUUGGUCAAAACUAGCCGUGAUCGCUGGUAAUUUCAUUGUAAACGAGAUCCUCUCCGACAAACCGAUGGAUGAACGCAUUGAGAACAUUCAUUUGAAACUAGAGAAAGUGAAGGAAGAUCUGUUGAGUGGAACCACGUAUCCUUCCCUGUUGGAAAUAACAAAGCAGAUAACAAGACCUUUGAAUGAGUAUUCGGACGCGGCACAGUUGCCUCACGUGUCAGUAGCAACUCGGAUGAACAAAACGCGUAACAGAAACUUCAAACGAGGCGAUGUUGUUGGAUACAUAAUUUGCGAGGACGGAACUUCGGCUGCGGCCAUGAAAAGAGCCUACCACAUAGACGAACUGAAGGAUCCUGCGAACAAGGAAAAACUGAAACCGGAUGUUGAGUACUACCUUUCCCAGCAGGUAUUUCCGGUUGUUUUCCGUAUCUGUGAACCACUGGAAGGUACGGAUGCAUGUCGGUUGGCACUUUGUCUCGGGUUGGACCCUAAACGAUUUCAAAGCUUGGGCAUUUCAAGAGAAGGUGACAGGGAACACGCGGACGGCGAAGCCAUACAAAAGUCCAUUACUCAAAAGUAUCGGCUCUGCCAUCGGUUCGACUUCAGUUGUGUCACAUGCAGUACAAAGAAUCCCGUAGCCAGCGGGUUCCGCCGCGAUAGUGGACGAUCCAAGUCCGUGUUCGAAAAGUGCAGCAACGAGAGCUGCACCGUGCUCCCGCAGCAAUAUCUACCGGCAAUUGUGAACGAACUAACCUUGGCCAUCCGGGGUGAUGUUAAGCGAUUCUACCAGCGAUGGAUGGUUUGCGAUAAUCCUCUCUGUAAUCAAAACACGAGACUGUUCUCACAUGUGGCCACUAAAAACAACCCGCAUUGUCUGCACUGCCAGAAAGGUUUGCUAGUUCAGCAGUACUCCGAAUCGGACCUGUACCUUCAGUUGAAUUACUACAGCUAUAUGUUCGAUCUGAACCAAUACGAUAGCAAAACCACGAAACUUCUCUCCAGUGAGCUGCGGAACAUGUACACCACACUAAAAGCAACCGUGGACCGGUUUUUGACCCGAUCGAAGUACGCCAAUAUCAAACUAUCGACGCUGUACCUCAACUAUGCUAUUAAUCCGAACUCGCGACAAUCGAAGAUCUAUCCGGUGAAGGAACUAGCUGAGAUGAUCGGUUCGGAGGACAAAUCUCUCGCACCGGUGACGGGUCAAAAGAUCCGAUGGGAACAGUAUCUUAACUACCAGUGAGCAGAUCAAUUUCGCUAUGAUUUUUAAAUAAAACUAUUCGUCAAUUUCAAA